AUGUAUAAUUUAAAACUUUAUCAUUCAUGUCGAGUCCGUGUUUUGGCCUGUGUUGAAUCACCUAAAGGAUUAUCUGACAUUUUAAAAACAAAAUUCAAGUUUCAAAGCAAAGUUGGUGGUUUCGAUCAUAUCUUCGAACGUAUUUUUGGAGAUGUGUUAUUAACUUGCAUAUAUCUCGCAAGUUUUGUUACUAAAACAAGUUUAACCAAACGGAAAGACACCAUUCUACAUGGUCCUCCUGGUACUGGUAAAACUUUGAUUGCACGCACAAUAUGUGAGCUUCUCAAUAUUGAACCUACAAUUGUUAAUGGUCCGGAAAUAUUUAAUCAUAUGUUCGGUGAAUCGGAACACAAAAUACGUAAUUUAUUUGAAGAUGCUCGUCGAGAUCAAAAGCUAUAUGGAUCGGAUAGUACUCUUCAUAUAAUUGUGUUUGAUGAAAUUGAUGCAAUUUGUAAAAGACGUACUGAUCAUAGUGAUGGAAUACGAAGUCAUGUUGAAGACAAUGUUACUUUACAGUUACUUACAGAAAUAGAUAGAAUAUUUCAUUUAGACAACAUAUUUUUUAUUGGCACCACGAAUAAUAUCAAUUCAAUAGAUCCUGCGCUUCUCCAAUCAGGUCGAAUAGACACUACCGUCGAGGUAGGUCUACCCGACAGUGAAGGACGUCUUCAAAUAUUUGAUAUUUAUACAAAACCCUUGCUUCAUAAUGGAAUAUUAGAAGCCGAUGUCGGUAUCGAUUAUAUUAUUCACAAUAGUGAAGGAUUUACUGGAGCUCAAAUAGAACAUGUUGUACGUUUAGCCAUACACAAUGCAAUGCGUCGUGACAUUGUGGAUAAAGGACGUAUUGAUAUCACAUCUGAAGAAGCUGAUCAGCUGCAAGAAAAAACUGAUUUAUUUCAUUUAGAUCGCUUUUUAAAUAUAUUUUAUUCAAUAGAAGCAGCAUAA